GAAAAAAUCCCCUUUGGAGCUAAUAUUUGAAGCAAAUGGCUCGGUGCUCUUUGUGAGGAAAUGUUCCAAAGCCAUCUCCAAAGUAAGCAAUAAAUGUUUGCCAAACCCUAAGACGGGGCACCAGGACAACAGCGCAUCCAUUAGCGGGCGGUUAGCGACUGCUCCGGAACAAGAAACAUUGGGAUUUGCUGCUUUCUGCAUUGGGAGUUGCUGCUUUCUGCUCCGUAAACAGAUCAGCUUAUAGCAACAAAUAAGGCCACCCUUCCUGGCUGAUAUUCUGAGUUUAGUUUGUUAAAUAUUUAACGUUUACCUUUCAAUUUCCAGCCUGGAUUAAGCAGUUCUCUAAACAAGCCAUAUCCCGGCAAGCAGAUGGGGAUGCACACACCAUGGCCCUGCUCUGGCUGAACUCCCUCAGAAAGAAAACCCCACGUUAAGUCAAAGAGGAAGCAUAUGGGAGCUUUCAGUAAAAGUCUCUAAAGCUUUUGGCUUUGAAACUCCCUGUUUGUAGUCGGGUUUAUUUAUGUUCUUUUUAUCUAGCUCGUCUCUAGGUUCGAAUAGUGGGAGUCAAUUCCACUUCGAUCAAAUUGAACGGGAACAGAUCAGAAUUGGCUGAAUUCGGCUGAAAACCUCCCUGGUGGCAAAGUGGUUUUAUCCUUCCCUAUAACACAAUUGCAGACCCGAGUGGUUAUAAAGAGGGGUGGAGCUGCUUUGUGCACUGUGCACAAGGAAUUCAAGCUGUCUUCAACCCACACUUGUGAGUAUACAUUUCCAACUGACUUCAGCCUUUGCUUUUAGAAGGUUCAAUUGAUGGGACUGACAGGACAAUGACCUCCACCCCAGGGACCAGCUACACCUUGAUUCCGAAUCAGAAAUACAGGCGCAGCACCCGUCGCUCCAGUCAGCGCUGCAACCCCUCGGACACACACUCCCAAUCUCUGUCAACACUUGGAUAUUUUCAAACACUUCCACUAGAGAUCUUUCAAAUGAUAUUGAAUUAUCUUUCAGUGAAGGAUAUCAGCAUGCUGAGCAUGGUGUCGAAAACCAUCAGCAACCACCUUAUGAAUUACAUCUCAACCUCAGCAGGAAACCAAAGGCUGUUACUGCGAGACUUCCAUAACCUUGAGCUACCUGGCAAGGGAGAAGGAUCCUAUAUUUUAGAGCACUACAGAUCUCUAGGAUUGUUGCUUAAAAGAUGCACGCUUCUCCUGCCUACUAAAGAGAGGCUGAAGUACAUCCACAAGGUUCUCUCAGGAGUUUCCUGUUUCAAACUUAAUGGUUGUCCAAGUCCUCUGCAUUGUUUGGGAUUACAGUGUUAUGGAGUAUUUUUACAGAUCCUAACAGCAGGCUGGGAUGAACUGGAGUGUCACCGGGUUUUUAACUUCCUCUGGGAGCUGAGCAAUUUAGCCCGUAAAGUACAGACAGUUGUGAGCAGCAAACCAGGAAGUGCCCAGAAGCUGGAGCUGAGGAUCAGGUUGUACUGCCGCAGCGUCUUGUUGAACCACUGGGUUCAUCGCAGCGACUCCGCGUUCUGGCUGACCCGCAUUUUGAAGCCAUGGCCCAUGGUUAACCAAGCUCGCCUGCUGUACAUCAUCUUUGGGCCAGUGUCCUCUCUUGAUGGACACGUGGUUUGGAAGAAAAUGAUACAAGGACCAACAGAUGAAGCCAGCCUGAAAGGUCUAGCAGAGGCCAUUAAACUGCUCUAUGAUGCAGAAGCUAGAGAAUGGACAACAGACGAUGUCAUCAGUCUUGUGGAUGAGCUGUCAGUGGUUCCCAGGGAGUGGCUCAUGGAGAACAAUGCUCGGCUGCUCAUUCUGAGUGGAAACAACAUCUGCUUCACGUUCAUGGCCAGUAAAGCUGUGAACGGGCGAGUGGCUGAGUUAGCCAGGCUCGUGGUGUUCCUGGCCUUGGUCUGUGAGAAGGACCUGUACUGCAUGGACUGGGCAGUAAAAAUGAUGCAGAAGGUCUGCAACGUUUUCAGCACUCCAGGGGAGAGAAACUACUUUCUACAGUGUCUGGAGAAUGCCUUUGCUCACCUCAUCAUGGACAUGCUCCAGGCAGUGCUGUCUGGGGAUCGUGACGAAGAGGACAGCAGCUUCUUGAACUUGUUUCACCUUGUCAACGCACAAGCGAACUUCCAUAAGGAAUUCCUAUGCCUGAGCCUGGUCAGCCCCAGCAGCAGCACUGCCUGAUGCUCCGGGUGUGCCGGACUCUGCUCAAAUCCUGCUGGGGUUUUCCAAAGCUUUUUUUUUUUUCCUAAGCAUUUUUUCAAAGCAGUGUCCAAUUAUUUGUGAAAAACUUCCAUUCCAGCAGGAGCUGGAGCGGCAGCAGGAGGAGCCAGGGACACAUCAGCCCAGUGGAAUGAGCUCAUGGAGCUGCUGGGACCUCGCAGUGGAGUUCUGGGCCUUUGGCUGCUCUGUGGCAGCACUGAGGAAGGCAGUGGGGGCCUCUCCUUUGGGAACAUACCCUGCAUUCUUUUCCCACUGUGGCUGUUUGCAUACACAAUAAAAAUGACACCGUUUCCGCGUUUGAGGGGCACACACAAAUUGAAGAAUGUUAUCUUAGUUCAGAACCAAAAAUAUUUGGAUCUUUCCAUUUUGCUUUCCCUUGGGAAUCGGAGGAGAAAGAGGCAGAUGUAAGUAGAGAAGUGCAGCUACACUGAAGAGCUCUCACUACCUCUUAAUCCUGGGACAGAAGCACUCUCUAUAUUCCUCAUCCCACUUUAGCAGGAAGAGGUGAUUCCUGACAGCCUUUGAUCAAGCAAGGCAAUCCCCCCUCAAACCACAGGCACCUUCUAACCAUAAACCAAGAAACUUCAGAUCCCUCUCCCUGCCUUGUGUGAGAAGCGAGCUGUUGAAGGGUUGUUGUAGGACUUAGCCGAGUGGAAGAUACACGUUAAACCCACGUAGGCUAAGAUCACUGUUUCAUUAAGGUACAUAAAUGUUUGCUCCUUAGGAAAGGUUUUGGUUCUCUCCUAUAUUGCCUUCAAGCCUAUGUGAUGCACAAUAAAGAGCACUUACUUUA